AAAUGGUGGCCGCACAAUGGCACGUAGUGAGUAGCGAGUGGCUGCGUUGUGUUCUUGGUUGUAGAUUGUAAAUUAUCUCUCCGAUCACCUCUCAAUGGCAGUUUCGAACGAUGACAUGAUGAUGAAUAACAUGGCUCACGCAGAGCGAAUUGAGGGCGAUGAGUGCCGUAUCUGUCUCAAGUCCUGCAUGGACUCGUGUCAGGUGUUCCAUAACGGAAUACCGGAGAAGAUGAUGGCAAUCGCCGCCGUGCAGGUGGAGGAGGGAGAUGGUCUUCCAGCUUCUAUUUGUUUAUCUUGCAACCGUCUGCUCGAUAUGUCCUAUGACUUUAAAUGUCAGAUUCAAGAUUCCGAUGUGAAGCUACGUCAGAUCCUGAAGUCACAGGUUCGGUCUAUGCUGGAUGACAAGCAUGCAAAGGACGUUAAAACAAUGAUGAAACAUAUAAUUACAAAUUUAUCUAAUGUAGACUCCUGUGAAAAAGAUAAUCAUGUCAUGGAGCAGAAAAUCUAUUCACACCAUGAUAUUGUUACAUUAGAUAAUAGCACUAUUCAGUCUGAUGCGAUAAUUAACAAUGAAUCUUGUAUAAAUGAUGAGUUUAUACAGAAGACAGAGGAAAUUAUAGUACCAAAUGGAGAAAAUGCGCAAUACAUUGUGCUCAAACAGAAUAUGCAUAGCAAUGAAAUAGUAGAAGUAGCCUUAUGUCACGAAGCACAAAUGGAUGAUAUGCUCAACAAUCAAUCAAAUCGAUUGUCUAACUCGACAACAGAUGACAAAUGCAUCAAGCAGGAACAAUUAAUAUUACCUGAGACUAACAACACACCAGAAAAUUUAAUGGAUGAAAAUAGAAAAGACACAUUAAAGAUCGAAGUUAAGAAUGAUGGGUCGUUCGAGGAUUUCAAUGAUCACGAUGUUUCGAAGCAGACUGCAAUGUCAGAAACAGAUAAUCAAGAUAUGAAGAACGUUAUGAACUGCAGUGACGAGGAGGAGAAGCCACUGAUAAAUAGGACAAAAUGUUAUCACAAAUGUGUGAUUUGCAUGAGAACGUUUGCAACGAAAAAGGCGUUACAGCGACAUGUGAUCGUGCACAUACACAAGCAUAAACAUAAGACGAAACUGCGUUAUGUAUGUUAUUUAUGUGACAAGCAAUUUUCAAGCAUGGCUAAGCUGAAGAGUCACCUGCUUUACAAUCAUUCGACGGACGAUAAAACGUCGCAAGAAACUAACGAAGAUAAAAAAGUUAAAACAUCGGCAAAAGUUACUAGAAGCGGCAACGUGUUGGACGGCACGAGAGAGGAGAAAAAAAAUUUUAAGUUUACAUGCAAAGUUUGCUCAAAGCAAUUUAUAUAUCAAAAGUCCUUUCUAUCACAUGCCAAAAGUCAUCCCGAAUAUAAUGAGGAGAUUUCGGGUGACGUACUCGAUCAGUAUGCAAAUAAGACAACAAAUGAGCAGAAAGAAAGGACACCUACGUUCAGAGAAAAUGAAUCCGAAGAGGAGGAGGAAGAAGAGGACGACGACGAUAGUGAUUUGCCGAUCGAAAGUCUACAAUGUACGCAGUGCGGUAAGCUUUUUGCCACAAAGAGGAACCUGAAAAGGCACAUUUCGACGCAUAGUGGCUUGAAAUUCAACUGCUCGACCUGCGGGAAAGGAUUCUCAAGGAUUGACAAGCUGAAGGAUCACGAACAAUCAAAGCAUAAGGAGGAAAUAUUCGGCAACACUGACGAUGAGAAUGAUGACGAUGAGGAUAAUGAGAAUAAAGUCAACGAAAAUUCCGAGAGUCGAAAGAAGGACCGGCAUAACAGGCCGCAUAAAUGUGCGCUCUGUCCGAAAGCCUUCGCACAGGCUCAAUCUCUGGCGAACCAUGUGGAGAGGCACAAACGAGUGAAAGAUACGCAGAAGCGAUUUCUCUGCGAGAAGUGCAGCAAGUGUUUUGCCCAGAGUGGUUCGCUAGUAGCGCAUAUGCGGACACACACUGGCAUCAAGCCGUACGUGUGCAACACAUGUAGUCGCGCUUUCACCAAAAGCACAUACUUACAGCUGCAUUUGAGAACCCACAGUGGUGAGAAACCGUAUAUCUGCCAAUACUGUAGCAGAGCAUUCGCCCGAGCCAAUACCCUAGCGCGACACAUCACCAUGCACACCGGUGAGGCCAAGUAUCAUUGUAAUGUCUGCGCCAAGUCUUUCCGACGACUGACCUCGUUAAAUGAGCACACGUACACGCAUACCGGUCAGCGACCGUAUGUAUGCAAACUUUGUACCAAAAGCUACAAUAAUGCCGGAUCAUUGUACGCCCACACGAAGAAGUGCAAAGCGCAGCAGCUAUCCAACUCCACGACGACCACGUUUGCAGUCUCUGCGACAGAUAAUACAUCGCAGCAGAAUGACACGUCUAUGCCUCAACUACUGAUCUAUUCUCAGAGAAAAUUGGUGGAGGAGGCGACGGUAGGUCAGGUCGUAUCCACGCCACAAUAUAUGAUGGCGAAUGUGCACAAUCAGAAAACCGUGCCCGCCAACGUGAUUCAACCGUUCGCCGUAGAGGAUCCGAAUGUAUACAAUUCGAAACAGUUCAAGAACCCGUAUUAUGCUAUUUAUCCGAACAUGUAACGAUGAUCACUGAUCAUAUCUGAUUGAUUCUUUGCCUCUAUCCUUUUAUUUAUUCUAUUUUGAUUUAUGGAGUUUUUAGGUGUUAAAAGCUAGUUAAAUCAACUGCCUAAUGUAAUAUAAAAUAUAGAGAAAAAAGAGGGGAAAGCUAAACAAAUGUCAGUUAGCGUUUAAAUCUCCACAAAUUAAUCAAAUAAAAUGCAAUGUUUAAAUUGAUUUAUUUUAGCAUAUAUAGAAAAAGGAGAUUACGUGCAAAUAAUAAUUCAAAAAAAUCUAAUUUGUUAACAAUUUAAAAAAUUAUCUGUGUUUAUGUACACAAAAAAUUAGAAUCCAAUAUAUAUCAAUUAAAGAAUUAUAAUAAUGAACAUAUUACUGUGAAAAAAUUCGUUAAACGUAUAUCUUUUAGCAUUAGGCAUGCAAAUGCAUCUUAUCUUAUGGAUGAUUGUAUUUUAUGGAUGAACUCAGGUUACAAAAAUUAGAAAUUUUUGAAAUAACAAUGUACAAAAUAAUAUGAACAGUUAAAAUUAGAAGGAGAUAAGUUAAAAAUACAUCAGUAAAUAUAUAUAUGAAUGAAUAUAUCUACGUGAAAAGUUUGUAUAAAUAGAUUCAUGGACGUAAGAAAAUUACUGGACCGGCUGUAAAAUGUCUAUUAAGUAUAUAAAGGAGAGGAAAUGUAGUCAAAAAGAGAAACAAGGUAACAAAUUUAUGGUCACGCACUGAUUCAGCUCUUAAUGUAUUGAGUAAAACACGAAAUAUAUGCUUUGGAACAGUUCGGACCAGUUUCUCAUGUAAGUAUAGUAAAUUAUUGUAGUACAUUUUAUAUGACAAAAUGCCUACAUGUUAUAUCGUUUUUGGUUGCUAUGAAAAUAAUAGGCAUUAACUAUAAAACUACAGUACAAAGAGAAUUGGAAAAAAAUAGUAAAAACAAUAUUUUUUUUUUCUGUUCAUAGUAAAAUUCAGCGGAUUAAUUUAGAAUAUUAGAUUAUAAAAUGCUAUAAGAAAUUAAAUAACUAAUUUUUAUUUGUAAAUUUAUAUUCCUAUAAUAUAUGAUGUUGAGGAAAUAUAUAUAGUCCCCAUUCUAUAGAUUUUAUAUAUAAUUUCUUUAAUAUAUUCUAGUUUAAUUUGCAGUCUACCUACUUUGAUAUGAAUUUUGAAUUUUAACACUUUGCACUUAUCGUUAGUACAAUAUCGCUAUAUAUUUUGCUCAUUUUUGUGUUAGUAAUAUAGUAUAUUCUCUCCUUACGUUUGUUUAACGCGCCGCACAAGUUAUAGCUGGUCCAAUUAUUUCUUAUAUCCAUAAGUUAAUUGUGUAAUAUUAAGUGAGAAAUUUGGUUUAAACAAUUUUUUUAAGUAUGAAAAUAUACGCUUGAGUUAUAAAACUCCCAUAUAGCAUGUCUCGGCACCAUUAUACAAAAUUAAAACGACAUACUUUAAUUCAAGGUUGAUUUUUACUUAACAAUGAUUUGAUGAGCUAUUAUAUAGAGAAAGAAUAGUUAUAAUUUCUUAAUAUAAACACAUAUUAAACUUUAUAAAUAUUUUAUUAAAUUCUAGAAAUAAAAUAUCUGUUAAAGCAAAAUAUAUAUUUAUGUAAAGUACAUUAAAAAACAAACUUCUGAUAUUCUGAUUAUUAAAACAAAUCGAUAUUAAAUUUGUCAAAGAAUAAGCUAUUUAACUAAUAAUGAUGAAACAAUCUGUAUGAUAAUAUAGUUAUAGAUACACAAUUUUUAGCAUGUGAAGACUGGAAUCCUAUUAAUCUCUGUCGUAUUAAAAUAAGAGUAAACGAUUAUGAAACCUACUUGAAAAAAUAUUUUUGCUGAAAUUAUUGUUAACAUUAAAUACAUCCUGUAAAAAAUUCAUUUUGCAUUAUAUUUUUAUUGUAAUUAUUGUAAAACAUUGUGGUAAUCGAUUUUCAUACGAUAUUCACAUAAAGCGUAAUGUACAGCGUAUUCUGAAAAAAUUAAAUAUAAAUAUAUACAUUAUACAUAUAUAUAUGUAAAUAGUUUAAAAUAAAUUAUAUUGCGUCUUUAUAAGAAAAAAGAUAGCAGAUGUCCUAAAAAUGGUUUGCUUAUAUUUUUAUGCAGCAUGAUGGACAUUGAUAAGGCUCUAACACAAUGCAAUAUUUUAUAAUAAAGUUUAUAAAAAAUAA